UAUAUCCGUUCAUGAAUGUGGACGGCAACGGAUAAAAGACUCCUCGAGCAUGUGCAGCCGCAGCGUUCGGGUUCACUCAGGUUCUGCAACCCCCCACAACAACCCCAACUUUUCUGCCCAAAGCUAGAUGAAGCUCACCACGGUCUCGUUGUUGCUCCAUUCGGCGGGCUUCGGAGCAGCCCAACUGAUCGGGCCUGUUGGCCCGACGACGAGCCUGGCUCACAAGACCCGAGAAUGCAAUGUCCUCCAUUACGGGGCUGUCAACGACAACUCAACAGACAUUGCAGACGCACUCGAAGCGACCUUUAGGCGCUGUGUGCUCCAUCAUCCGGGGAGCAGGCUCGUUGUGCCACAGGGUGAAUAUCUUCUCAACAGAUCGGUCGUGCUGAGCAACGGAACGAAUUGGGCAUUCCAGCUCGAGGGGCUCAUCAGCCUUGGGUACGGCGGCAACUACUCAGUGAGCCGUGAGUUGAUCCUGCAGGGAUAUGCAGGGGUUCAGCCGUUGAACGACACCAUUAACGGCGAGGGCGACCAUCUGUUUCUAGAGAACGGCCUUGUCAUUGUGAACGCGGUUGACUUCGAAUUCUUCUCCUCCACCGGUAAGGGCGCAUUUCAGGGCCAGGGGUACCUCUGGCGUAACGCAAAUAACACUGAUCGACCUCGCUUGAUCCGGCUGAUCUCCCCCAUCAACGCCUCCGUGCACGACCUGAUCUUGGUCGAUAGUCCGAAGUUCCACAUCGUCUUUGACUUUGCUGUCAACCUCGAAGUCUAUCAUCUGACAAUCCGUGGAGCUAAUCUUGGGUCGUAUGACGGAGUCGACGUGGUGGGGACGAACUACUGGGUCCACGACAUUGAAGUGACCAACAGAGACGAAUGCGUCUCAGUCAAAAGCCCGUCCAACCACGCGCUGGUAGAGAACCUCGUUUGCAACCAAGCGGGCUCCGGCAUCUCCAUCGGCAGUCUGAACGUCUCAGCGUCUAUUGCGAAUAUUCAUGCUCGGAACAUCAGCAUCAUCCAAGGCAAUAACAUCGCCUUCAUCAAGACUUACCCCGGCGGGUCGGGCUAUGUCACCAACGUGACUUUUGAGAACUUCCGGUCCAAGGCAUCACUCUACGGCCUAGACAUCAACCAGUACUGGCAAAACACCAAUACGCCUGAUACGGGAUCCGUGGCUCUGAGCAAUCUAGUGUUCAGGAACUUCUCCGGAUCCGUGGCCAACGGAGUCCAACGACCACCGCUCUACUUAAUCGCCAACGAUCUGACAUUCGCCACGAAUGUGACAGUGGAGGACUUUUCCGUAUGGACCGAGACGAACGACUACGUGGUGAACAAGAUCAGCAACGUAUUCGGCACCGGCGACGAUUCCUACGGCCCCGGCAACGGAAUCAGGGCACUUGCGCCAGGCGAGGCUCCGGCUCCGUACACGAGCACUAUCACUGUCACCGCGUCGCCUACAAACUGGGUUGCACCACCCUCGCCGACUUGGGCGGUCCCGAACACGGGCUACGGGACCAACAUCCCGAUUCCGGUCUACACGCCAGCACCGCUGUGGAAGCCGUCUGGAGACUACGAUAAGCAUUACUGGGGAAGCUUUUAGGUCCUCAGCCGUCCGCAACUCGACUAACGGAGGACUGCGAGAGAAGAGCAAGUUAUGGUGUCGAAGAAGCGAAAAGGGGUGUGUUCGACAACUCACGAAUCGGCAAAGCAAAUGGCGAGCGGCCCUGCUUGAUGGCCCGCUGCGGGAUGUAAGUGGAGCGCAUGGAAACAGCACGGCCUCCCUCGCACAAGGUGGUGCAGACGUGGUUAUUUCCGGCGGAGAUAUUUCAUAGAGGUGGAUAAUCAAGCGCCGUUUUGCGAUCACGACAUUCCCAGCUAAUGUGGCGCCAAAUGACAACUCCGGGU